CACGCGCACGCCAGCGCCUUUCUCUGUAUCCGGGGUCGGAUGGAGUGGGUGCUCGCGGAGGCACUGCUCGCGCAGAGCGGGGACCCCCGGGUCCUUCUCGGGGCUCUGUGCCGAGGGGAGGCAUCGGCGGAGCGCGUGGAGACGCUGCGUUUCCUCCUGCAGCGUCUUGAGGACGCGGGCGCGGGGCAGGGCGCGCUCCCGGAGGCGGCGCGCGAGCUGGCCGCGGGUUACUUGGUGCCCCUGCUGCACGGCCGCCCUGGCGGUCACGACCCUGGUCCCCCGCGGUCCCGGCGGCGCGUGCUGCGGGCGGCGGGCGCGGCGCUACGGUCGUGCGCCCGGCUCGCAGGUUCCCCGCCGUUGGCAGCCGCACUGGCAGAGGAGGCGCUGAGGGAGCUGCGAGCUGGGCGCCCACCGGGCGCCGAAGCGGCCCUGGAGAUACUGGCGGCUGUCGCGCCCUGCCUGCGGCCCCACGAGGACGGCGCGCUGCUGGAGCGCGUGGCGCAGGCCGCCGUGGCCCUGGCGCUGGACGCCGAAGGGCCGGGUCGCGCUGAGGGCGCGGCGGCGCUGGUGACCGCGCUGGGCAAGGGCGGCGGCGUGGCGCUGACGGCCGUUUGGGGAGCGCUGGCGUCCUCAGGGAACCGCUCUGAGCCAGGCCGUGUCGGGCCCGAGCUGCGGCUGCUCAGCGCGCUGGCUGAGAAACUGCUGCCCGAACCCGGCGCGUGCGACGCGGGCCCCGACGCACGGCGCUGCGGACGCUUCUGGAGGACGGUGCAGGCGGGUCUGGGCUGUGCCGAGGACGCCCUGACGCGCAAGCGCGCGCGCUACCUACUGCAGAGGGCCGUGGAGGUGUCUGCAGAGCGGGGCGUCGGUUGCACCUGCGGCCCCCAGGAAGGAACUGGCCCAAGUCUGUUUUGGUGGUCUAAGAAGAAAAAAGACGAGCUUCUAAAAUUUUGGGAAAAUUAUAUUUUAAUUAUGGAAACUCUAGAAGGGAAUCAGAUACAUGUUAUAAAGCCAGUCUUACCAAAGCUAAACAAUCUGUUUGAAUAUGCAGUGUCAGAAGAAAAUGGCUGUUGGCUCUUUCACCCCUCCUGGCAUCUGUGUAUUUAUAAAAGAAUGUUUGAAAGUGAAAAUAAAAUCCUGACCAAAGAAGGCAUCAUUCAUUUUUUGGAGCUGUAUGAAACAGUGGCUCUUCCAUUCUCACUGGAAUUUUCUGAGUUUAUUAUUGGACCAUUAAUGGAUGCACUUUCAGAGAGCUCAUUGUAUAGCAGGCCCACAGGCCAGCUUGUAGGAAGUGGUUCUCCAUUGGGAUUAAAAUUACAGAAGUUUUUAGUCACUUAUGUUUCUCUCCUUCCAGAAGAAAUAAAGAGUAAUUUCCUAUUAAAGUUUCUUCAGAAGAUGAGGAGUAGACAUUGGUGUGCUGUUCCCAUUUUGUUCCUGUCUAAGGCAUUGGCAAAUAUCCCAAGAUGUAAAGCCCUGGGUCUAGAAGGGCUUCUUGCUCUCAGGGAUGUCAUCCAGUGUACUAUGAUUACACAUCACAUUCUAUUGAGAGGAGCAGCACAGUGCUUCCUGCUUCAAACAGCGAUGCAUUUGGUGGAUGUGGAGAAAGUAUCACUGUCUGAUGUCUCCAGUUUUCUCAUCUCUCUGAAACAAGAAGAAUCUUUAGGACGAGGAACCACCUUGUGGACAGAGCUCUGUGACUGGCUGUGUGUCAAUGAGAGGUCUUUCAGGCCAUCCUCUAUCUGUGGCCCUGAUGGACUUCCUGAAACAUCUCUGAACGCUUAUGUGAAGAACCUGGUCCAAGAGUACAUUACAUCACCUGCUUGGGAAACAGGAGAAAGCUGUUUUAUGCCUGACUGGUCUGAGGCCAGGCUGACUGCUCUGAUGAUCUUGCUAGCUGUGGAUGUGGAAGGAAUGAAGAUUGAGUACAGUGAAAAGCGGAGAACACAGAAUGUGUUGAGGAUAUUCUUAGACCCCCUUCUGGAUGCCCUGGUGAAGCUGGGUACCAAUGCCUACGUGCCUUUGCUGAGGACUGACAGAAGCCUGCAGUUGCUGGUGAAAUUGUUGCACACUUGCAUGUUGAAAGGUUCCAGCCCCCAAGAUGAUGAGGUGUCUGCUUUUCUCCAGAGCUCCAUCAUGUCUGCCACCGAGAGUAUUUCUCAGUUUGUCCUCAGAAGACUAACCAUGCGUGAGCUUCAGAAAGUUGCAGAUCUGGAUCGUUGCCAUUUAUACCUCAUGCUGUUAACUGAGCUCACAAACCUCCAUCUGAAGGCAGGGUGGAAAAGGGCCUACUCCAUCUUCAGAGUACUUUCUCCUUUGAAAAAUGCAUCUAUGCGGCAUCUUCAAGAGAUGGAAAGUGGAAAGGAGCUGAGUCUUGGUGAUCAGAUCCAGAAGGUGGUCAGUAUGGCUACUUUGGCCACAGUCUGCGAGGCCAGUACCCUGCAGCCGGUGCCAGAGCUGGAUUCCCUUGAUGCUGAGCCCAUGGACAGGUUCCUAUCUGCUUUUCCAUUUAAUCAGACGCUGCAGAAGCCCCGUGCAGAGGAGCAGGGCCAGUGUGCUCACCCCAUGGAGAGCAGCAGUUUCUUUGAAGAGUCAUCCUCCCAAGGAUGGGGGAGAGUGGUUGCACAGUACAUCCAUGAUCAGUGGGUCUGCCUCUCCUUCCUGUUGGAAAAAUACCACACCCUGGUUCCGGCCACAGAUGGCACCAUUCCAGAGCCCUUGCUGCCUGCCAUCCAGAUGCCUGCUCAGACUCUGCGGUCUGCACUGGACACCCUCUCCAUCCUCCCUUCUGAGCAGGUGCUGCCUGUGUUCCGUUGCAUGAAGGUGCUGGUUCCCAAGCUCCUGACAUCUGCUGAAUCACUCUGCAUAGAGUCUUUUGACAUGGCCUGGAAAAUCAUAUCUUCUUUAAGCAACACUCAGCUGACAUUCUGGCCUAAUCUAAAGGGUUUUGUUCAGUUUGUUUUUGAUAACAGAGUUCUCACCAUUGCUGCCAAAAUCAAGAGCCAGGCAUAUUUCAAAAUAAAAGAGAUUAUGUACAAGAUAAUCGAAAUGUCUGCCAUAAGAACUGGAAUCUUCAAUAUACUGAUCAGUUACUGCUGCCAAUCUUGGAUAGUGUCUGACUCCAAGCGAUCUUUGUUCAGUGCCAAAAAUUACAGUGAACUUGUCCUGGAGGCUUGUAUAUUUGGAACUGUGUUUAGACGUGAUCAGAGACUUAUUCAGGAUGUACAAACCUUCAUAGAAAAUCUUGGACAGGACUGUGCAGCAAAUGUUGUUAUGGAAAAUACUAAAAGAGAAGACUAUUAUGUGAGAAUCUGUGCUGUCAAAUUCUUGUGUUUAUUAGAUGGCUCAAACGCAUCCCACAAGUUGUUCAUAGAAGAUAUUGCAAUGAAGCUAUUGGAUAAAUACCAGCCCAAACCUGCUGUGUUUACAUGCUGCAUCCAUACAAACAGACCAAACAGAUAUGUAGUUGUGGUUGCUGGAGAAGGAUGGUCCCCACUGACAGAAAUUGCUUUGGAGGAUGAGUUGGUGUCUAAGACUAGAACUCGGUACUACGAGAAUUCUCUCCAGCAUCGUGUGAAGAACCGGAUAUGGCAGACUCUGCUCGUACUUUUUCCCAGCUUUGAUCAGAAUUUCUUGAAUGGAAUUAUUGACAAGAUUUUCCAUGCUGGUUUCACUAACAAUCAAGCUUCCAUAAAAUAUUUUAUAGAAUGGAUUAUUAUAUUAAUUCUUCAUAAAUGCCCUCAAUUUCUUCCAAAGUUCUGGGAUUGCUUUUCUUAUAGUGAAGAAAAACUUAAGACAAGCAUUUGUACAUUUCUAUCAGUUUUGUCCCAUUUGGGCAUCAUUGUUCAAAAUAUUCCAGAUAAAACACCGCUUCUGAAGCAGGCCCUCCUCAUCGCGCUGCAGUGGUGUCUCAGCCACAACUUCAGUGUUCGACUGUAUGCUCUUGUGGCUCUCAAGAAAGUCUGGGACGUGUGCAAAGCACUAGGUGUUGAAGAGUAUAAUGCAUGGACCACUGUCAUCGAGCGCAGUCUCAGCCAAGCGGAGAGCAUGCAGGGAGCAGGGAAUGCCAAGAAGAACUGGCAACGCAUCCAAGAGCAUUUCUUUUUUGCAACAUUUCAUCCACUGGAGGAUUACUGUCUGGAGACCAUAUUUUACAUCCUUCCACGGCUUUCAGGUGUCAUUGAAGAGGAGUGGAUCGCUGUUGGUAAAUUUGCCAACUUCGCAGACAUCCCUUCCAACACAGGAUCCCAGUGGUACUUCUCUCGGACUCCACUUAGUGAGCUCAGUCCAGGGGACUGGUCUCAGCAGGACAUAGGUUCUAACAUGAGUGAAGCAGCCAGCCAAUCAGAGUGGGCUGACGUCCAGAAAAAGAUCAUCCCUUGGAGACAAGAGGGUCUCGAUGCAGACCUGGGGCUCGAGUUUCAGGAUCGCGCCGCCAGACUCGGAAAGUCAGUUAGCAGACUGAUUGUGGUGGCCUCACUCAUCAAUAAGCCAACCAAUUUAGGAGGUCUGUGCCGGACCUGCGAGGUCUUUGGGGCCGCGGCGCUGGUCCUGGGCAGUCUGCAGUGUGUCGGUGACAAGCAGUUUCAGCACCUCAGCGUCUCUGCAGAACAGUGGCUUCCUCUGGUGGAAGUGAAACCAGCUCAGCUAAUUGAUUACCUGCAGCUGAAGAAAACAGAAGGUUACACCAUCAUUGGGGUGGAGCAGACGGCCAGAAGCUCCGACCUGGCCCAGUACUGCUUUCCUGAGAAGUCGCUCCUCCUGCUGGGCAAUGAACGUGAAGGAAUCCCGGCAAACCUGAUACAGCAUUUGGAUGUGUGCGUGGAGAUCCCACAGCAGGGCGUCAUCCGCUCGCUGAAUGUGCAUGUGAGCGGAGCCCUGCUCAUCUGGGAGUACACUAGGCAGCAGCUGCUCAGGCGCGCAGACCCAUCCUGAAGCCUGUGCCUUACCUGAGAUGAGUUGUGGUGCUACCGAGACCAUUUUUUACAACUCUGGACUAAUGAAAUGGAUUCUGAAAUUUACUGGGAUGAUUUGUAUUGUUUUUUGCAUUAAAAAGCCAAAACUCUCUCAUGUGCCUUAAAAAGAUCACUAUGUUGUAAUAAACACUUAUGGCUAAAUUGUAUUGCUUCUGUAAUAAAAUAUUUUAAGCAACUUU